AUGACCAUACCCGACGAUCCGCCCUCCAGGCCUGCCGAGCCUGAGGCGCACGAGUCGACUCCCUCUACCCCCCCGACGCCCGAGGAUGCAGUCGAGCUCAAGAUGUCCCGCAAACGCGAGCGAGAGGUGUCCCAGGAGCCCUCGACGCCUCAGGCUGCGGCCAUCGAAAUCGACGGCGAGCGUGCAGAACACAGGGAGCGACGGACCCCUGCCAAGAAGAACCGCGUCAGUGCCCAGCUGGACACUACGCAGGAAGAGGACGAGGAACUUGUGUCGAGCUGCUCUCCGCCGCAUGAGACGAAGAUCCGGCAAAUCAGCCAGGGCGUGGAGGACCUCACCUGGCAGACCAUGCGCAAGGACCAGAUGCAGCAAGAAGAUGAUCACCCUCCUGCAGAGCCCCCAUCACGCGCAGAAGGCCAACAAGAAAUACAACAGGAGAACUCGGGGCUGAUUGAGGCCAAGGUCGCGGGCGGAGAGAAUGUAGCAGUCCCUCCGGCGCUGUUGCAAGGAGAGAAUCCGCCCAUAAUAACUGACGAUGCUGGUGUAGACGAACAUAGCGGGCAGGCUGAUCCCGCCGAACAGCCUCCAGAAGCCCAACUAUCCGACGUAGAGAAGCAUACAAACACCGACGUGGGUCCUGAGGAGCCGGUGGCGUCGGCCGCGCCGCCUGCGGACAUAUCUCCUGCCCAUUCCCGCCGUGGUUCCGACUCGGACAUGGAUCAAGAAAAAGGCCUGAAGCGAAAGCUGGCAGAUCGAAGUGUCAGCGAGCGCCUCGUUCCUGGUGAAAUAGUCCCAGCGAGGAACGGGGUCGUCCCCGAGAUGGGGAAGGCUAAACGACUAAGAGACGACUCUGAUAAGGACGACAACCCUCGGCUCACAAAGCGUCCCACACCACCACCUGAGGAUGAGGUCGAUAAGACCGGGGCACCGGGGUCUGCGGCUCCGAAGCAGACGACUCCCCCGAGUUCAACCACCAACACGCCUAAACUGGGCGGCUUCAUGGCGUACGCGUCCACGAGCUCCCCCUUUGCAUCCGUAUCUGGCCCAAGCGUGUUCGGGUCAAAGUCCCCGUCGUCGUCGACCUGGGCGAGCACCAGCACCUCACCGCAUCCGAGCCCCAGCGUUACUGCUUCGCCGUUUUCCAGUGCCGCAAACGCUGCGUUCCUGAGCAAGUCGCCCCCAUCGCAGCCUCUAUCACAGUCGUCGUCGCUCAACCAGCUCUCGCCGCCGUGCGCACCGGUCCCGCACAAGCGGACCGGGUUUGAGGCGUUCGCGUCGACGACGUCCCCGUUUGCGAGUGCGGCGAAGCGGCCAAAGUCCCCUCCGCCACCGGGAUUCGGGAGCUUCUCGCGGAGCCGGUCUCCGUCGCGCACACCGGCGCGAGCGAGCAAUGCGUUUUCGGCGUAUGCGGCGGGCGGGGCGCAGAGCUUCGUGACACAUACGCCGAAGCGAGGGAGUCCGGCGCUCGGGGACGCGUCGGGUGCGGGUGCGGGUGCGGGGAAGGGCGCCGUGGGUCUGGGCAUUCUGGAUGCGGGGACGAAGCAGGAGAGCGAGGGUGAGGAGGAUGGCGGUGUGGUUGGGAAUGGGGGUGGGACGUUUGGAGAGCGGCUGAGGGCGCAGAAGGACGAUGAGGAGGGGAGCGAUGAGGAGCGGCGGGUGGCGUUGACUGAACAAGAGGUGCUGACCGGAGAGGAGGAGGAGGAGACGGUGUACCAGGUGCGAGGGAAGCUGUUUUCGCUGAGCUCGCAGAACCAGUGGAAGGAGCGGGGGACGGGUACGAUUCGGCUGAACGUGCGGCGGGCGGACGGGUCUGGUGCGCGAUUGAUCAUGAGAAAGGAAGCGGUGUACACGGUGUUGCUGAACGCGACGCUGUUCAAGGGGAUGAGGUGCUUUUUGGCGCAGGAUCCACGCUACCUGCGGUUCAGCGUGUUUGAGGGGGGCAGCACGACACACUAUAAUCUGAGGGUGCAGAGUGCGAAGAUUGCGGACGAGCUGCUAGAGGAGAUCAACUCGCACAUUCCAAGCGAGUAG